AUGAAGGGAAAUCAAAGGCAAGUCUCCAAUGAAAGGCGUCGUCAGUCUCUUAGAAUCAGAAAACCUCCGGUCUCAAAUGUAAAAAAGGGAGUAGCGCAGAAGAAAAAUAAGAAGAAGAGUACACCAGUGAGAGAACCGAGUAUACACUCGCUCUCAGUUUCAUCUGGGUCUGAAAGUGAAGACAUGUCUGCUCCAUCGUUUGAGGAAAUGCAACCAAUGCAACCCCUUGAGUUCUACUUCAAAAGCAGUGAGUUCGCUCAGACUUGCAAGAUACAAACAAAGUGCUUUGUGACCAAGACAGUAGAGAAGAUCAAGAAGAAGCUUAAGCCUGAGGCUGAAUGGUUCAGAAGUCAUCCUCAAUUUCGACAUUUCUUCCACAUGCCAGAUGAACCAAACCUGAAGCUCCAAGGGAUGUGGAUGCUACUCCUGCGCACAAUUUGUACUCCAGAAGAUGAUGUUGCAUGGUUUGCGGUUAAUGGUGUACCCAUCCGCUAUUCUAUGAGGGAGCAUGCCCUCAUCUCUGGCUUAGACUGCAGGGAGUAUCCGAGGAACUAUGAGAAGCUCGGGAGUCAUAAGUUUGUGGAUUAUUACUUCCAUGACGUAACUAAGAUCACCAUCAGUGAUGUGGAGCAGAAGAUGUUGUCUAUGGCGCCGUGUCCAGAUAGAUUGAAGAUGACAGUCUUGUAUUUCCUUGGUCGGGUUAUCAGAGGGAAGCCAAACGAUACAAGACCUUUAGACUCCUUCAUAUUAAGGAUAGUGGAGGAUUUGGACGCUUGCAUAUCAUUUCCAUGGGGCCGUCUUACAUUUGAGGAUGCAAUAAAGGAGAUUAAGCAUGUGAUGAACCAUCUGAAAGGUGAAGUGAAUGAGACAUGCGGCUUUCCUGGUUUCAUAAUCCCUUUAGAGAAUCACUCAGAGAACCCUAGUGAAGACUGUCCAAGGAUGUGCAAGAGCCGGUUUAUAAAAACCAGUCUGAGGGGUUAUCCUUUGGAAGACAUAUAUGAUGCGCUUGGAGAAACAAAGGAUAUUAAUAGUGUGCUGGUUCCAACUUUGGGUGAGGAAAUUAUGCUGGCUCGUAUCAUUGAUGAGGAGCGAGACUAUGAUCGUCAAGGCAGCCAAAGUGAUACAUGGAACUACUGGUUAAAUGUGAAGCAGAAGACUAUUUGGUGGGAAGAGUUGUAUGAGUUAGAUCAAGCUGCACGAGUGUUUCCAAAAAAGAAAGACAAAGCAAAGGUGGAGUUGGCAGAAGGAUCAUCCUCUCAAACCGGUUUAGAUUUGAUCUUGAAAGGUCUGGAAGGGAGGCUAGUGGAGUUCAUGGGAACAGCAUUUGCCAGUCUUAACUUUACGGUGGAGGCAAAGCUGGAGUCCAUUGACUCGAGGAUGAGUAAAAUGGAAGAAAGGCUAACUUCUAUUGAGAGUAAGCUAAGUGAAGAGAAGAAUCAUGGUGAAGACAUGGAUUUUCGACAGUGGGAUCAUGGGAAUUAUGGGGAUUAUGGCACAACAGCGAAGAAUAAGGGAGACAAGGAAGAAGCUGGGAAAAGCGGUGAGGGUGAAGAAGAAGCUGAAAAAAGCGAGGGUGAGGGUAAUAAAGACAAGGAAAACAGUGAGGCUGAUGAGGAAAACGGUGAUGAGCAAGAACAAGUGCUGAACCGAAUGAAGGAUGAUGAACUGUGGAGGAGUUUGAUGGAGGAUCGAGAAGAGGUUGGAGGAAAAGUGAUGGAGGAUCAAGAAGAGGUUGAAACCAGUGAGGAAGUAAUUGAGAACAGUCAAGAAGAGCCUAUGGUUGAGGCAGAGAUCAGUGAGCCUCGGGUUGCGGCAGAGAUCAGUGAGGCUCGGGUUGCAGCAGAGAUCAGUGAGCCUCGGGUUGCGGCAGAGAUCAGUGAGGCUCGGGUUGCAGCAGAGAUCAGUGAGCCUCGGGUUGCGGCAGAGAUCAGUGAGGCUCGGGUUGCAGCAGAGAUCAGUGAGCCUCGGGUUGCGGCAGAGAUCAGUGAAGCUCGGGUUGAGUCUCCGAUCAAAGAGCCUCAUUUUGGAUCUCCGAUCAAACAGCCUCAUUUUGAGUCGCCGAUCAAAGAGCUUCGGGUUGAGGCACAUCAAACUCCAACAACACCUUCUGGUGGUAGGACUAAGGCAAUGGCUGCAAGGAGAGUAGUUAAUUCUCCAAUAACCACUUGGGCAGCAGUGAUGGAAGCCCGAAAAGCUGUGGAAGCAGAGGAAAAAACUAGUGAGAAAAUUGUGGAAGAAGAGACUGAAGAGGCUGAGAAAGUUGUGGAAGAAGAGACUGAGGAACAGACAGGAGAAGUUGAGGAACAGACACGAGAAAUUGAGGAAUAUACCGAGGAAGAAAAGCAAAGGUGGGUCAUGGUCGCUUGCAAUGCCUGUGAAGAUGGUACCAAUGAGGAGAGGACGGAUGGGAAUAAGGAAGCUAGGAGGCCUGGGAUCAGACAUAGAUGCAAGGAGAAGACAAUGGCGUAUGGAAAACCGACACCUAAGAGGGGCAGACCAAAGAAGAGUGAUUGCACACCACAGGUGUUACUAUGCCCAAAAAUGAGUAAGUUGGAUAACUGGAUUUACUGGGUUUACUGA